AUGGCGGACUUGCAGAAGGAUGCUGAGGCGCUGGAUCGCGUAUUGUUCCGUCUGGCGAGCAUUGACGACGAGCGCAUGCUUCAGGUGCUACAGUCUCUCCUGCCUCAGCUGCUCCCGCUCUUCCCGCGCUCGCUCGUGACGCCGUUGGAGGUGCAGCUAAAGGACAAGAUCUUGCAAGUGGUCUCCCACGUCAAGACUCGUCUACAGGCGCUGGCACGCCCCUCGCUGCCGCUGGACGCGCUCUGCCAAGUGUUGCAGCGGGAGGGCCUCUCCGUUUUCUCGUACAACCUCGCCCUUCUCUUCAUCGAACUGGGAUUCGAGGCUGCGUCGACGGAGGAACAGACGAGAAAGAUGGCAGACCUUUUGGAGAACAAAAUCAAGGAAGGAUCGAACUUUGCUUCCUAUCCGAGAAGUGAACUUGCACUGAAUGAGCACGUGGGGCUACUACGAAGUGCCAUUGAUGGCAUUGGUAUCAGUGGUACACUACAGAGCUUCACGCGAGGACUUGAGUCUAGCGAAUGGAAUCGUCUAAAGAUCAAGACGCUCGAGUGUAUGAGGCAAGUAGUUGAGUGGAAGUUAAAGGCUGUUCAUUUCGAAGAUCAACUGAGUCCUAAGCUGGGAGCGUUAAAGCGAGUCGCAAUCGAGAAUCUCGGCCGAGCUGUGUCAGGAUUACCAGGAAUGACUACGCCCUCUGAGGUAUUUACAGCUCUCGAAGAAGUCCUGAACGCUCUGCUUAGUCUCGGUAAUGAAGAGGAUACCGAGCUGCAGUUUGACGUUGGCGAAGGCCUCGUCGCUCUUGGAACUCACGAUGUUAGUGAAGAGUUUACAACUGAUCGCCAGACCAAGUACGCCCACUUUGCAGAAAACCGUGCCGCUGUAGUUUUUGAGCGAGUUCUGGCCGAUUACGCGGGAUCUCGACAGCCCAAAGUUCGUCGAAACGCUACGAUUUGGCUGCUCUGUAUGUGUGCAGCUGGUCUAGGACCAGUUUCUGAUGGUGGGGAUGCAGUGAUGUCUACUACGUCGUGGAGAAGUGUAUUGGGAUCCCCUGCUUACUCACAGUCAGUGCUGGAGGUACACGAAUUCUUUGUGACGAUGCUGAACGAUGCGAACGAAGUCUCAAAGGAAAGCGCAGUGAAGGGCCUUGCUUACUUACGACUGCGCGCACCGACCGAAGAUAUGGGCGUUCAGUUCAGCGACAGUUUAUUCCGUCGACUGCGAUGCUUCCGAGCCUUUGCGUCUACUGCUGAUGCUGUUGAUGACGAUGAAAAUGCUGCGAAUACGGAUAGAGGGAAUGACCCGACUGCUACUGCAUCGUCACCUAGCUCUACCGUUGAGAACGCAGCAUAUCGUGAGGUCAGCAACGUAGCAGCAGAUGUUGGCGACCCGGAGCUCAUGUACGCGCUGCUUUACUUGAGCACAGCGGAUCCAAUAUGGGGGUCCCUGGCAUCGUCAUCUCGUACGUCUCUGCGAUUCAGCAAGUUCUCUUUUGUUGUAACAGACAAAGAAUUCCGGGCUUCAAUCGUAGCCAAAGCAGGCAGUCAAUGGAUGUCUGAGGACUACUCCAACAAGACGAAACUGGUGCCUUGGCUGUAUCUGCUCAAGUUCCACUCCAACAGCAAGGUAGCUGCCGUCAUGGGCAACUUGUGGGAGUUUGCGAAGGGGAACUCGGUCACUGUAUCAACAGCAAAAGGAGAGAAAACGUUGCUUCGACAGAACUGGACGCUUCUGUUUCAGUUCGCUUUGGCACGGCUGGAAAACGCCCGCAAUUUCAAGUAUCGUGAAGCUGCGUGUCUUGCACUUGUUGACCUGCUUAACGGAGCUGAGGCUGACGACGUACGAAGUGACUUCUUACGCCUCUGGAAAACUGCGUCACGUGCGGUAGACGAUGUCAUGGAAGCUGUUGCGCUCUCUGGAGUCAAGCUGUACCGCUAUCUCGGUGAACUGAGUUUGCGUGUGGCUGCAAGCGACGCAACGUGUCGUUCUCAACUGCUGGAAUUCCUGGUCGGAGACGGGAUCGUAAACAAAAACACUAUCUGUCGCGCACUCAGUAUUGACGUGUUGUUACGUCUCGUUAAGACACUGAAGGCUGUGGACAUGCAAGACCGCUUGGCGCCGCUGUUGUUGAAGCUUCUCGAGUACUUAUCAUCUCUGGAAAUGCCUGAGCUCCAGUACGCACAAUUUCACGUUGAGAAGAAGGAUCAACUGGAGCGUCUACGUGUGUCCAUCAGCCAAGCAGGCCCUGUCGGUCAACUACUGGAGCUGGCGACAACUCAUCUUAAGGAGCUUGUCGACUCUCCAGCGUGUGUAGCUGUCGUCUCUGAGCUCGUUCGUGGCGUUUCCAAUCUGCUCAAGUUCGGGGUCGGACUCAAUACGCGAGUGGGAACUGCGAAUUUCGUGGUCACACUUGCAGGUGAACUCCCCUUUGAGCUUCGAAAAUGCAACGGAGCUGAAUUGUUGCUGUGUCGUGUGUUUGUUCCGUACGUUGGAGCGAAGACUGCGGCGGAGAACGAUCAGUAUGGAGACGAAGAGAGCAGAUACGGUGCAAGUAGCACAACCGAACAGACUGAUGCAAGUUUGAUAGCGACGUCGGGGUUGACGGAUGGAUUGGUCAUUCAAAGUUACUGUCGAGCUGCUGCGUAUUUGUGUCCACUCGUGGAUGCUGCUACAGUUCGAAACUACGUUCGCUCGGGGAUCUUCGCGUUCAACAAAGCAGUCAGCAAAACUUCCAGUGCUUCGUCCUCCCCUCAGAGCCACAGCGACGAAGACGUUGGCAUGGAGGCAGAAGACACCGUGUCAAAGACACCCCAGCGCACUAGCGACGAAGGAGCUUGUCAAGAAGAUCCCGCCGAUCGCAGAUGCCGGUACAGUGGUGACUGA